AACCACCGUCACGCGCCUCUCUCCUCCUCCUUCUUCUUCGCUGUUCCUGAGAACAAUCGAUCACUCAUCACACGCCGCCGCCGCCGCCGCCCCAACUCAAAUCAUACCCCACAUAUAUCCCGAGAGAGAGAGAGAGAGAGAGAGAGAGAGAGAGAUAUGAAUCGGCGACAGCAGAGAGCGAUGAAGUGGGCCAUCGCGGUGAUGGCGGUAUGCAUAUUGUGUUACAUAGUCGGUCCCCCACUGCAUUGGCACGUGACCGAGGCCCUGGCCUCCGUCCGCCGCCACGGCUCCUCCGUCUCCUGCCCUCCCUGCCGCUGCGAUUGCUCUUCUCAGCCGCUCCUCUCUAUCGGCGACGAAUUGAUCAACAACACCUUCACAGAUUGUGUAAAGCAUGACCCAGAGGUGACCGAAGAAAUGGAAAAGAGCUUCACGAACUUGCUAAUGGAGGAACUGAGGCUGAGGGAAGCUCAAUCCCUGGAGAACCAGCAGCGUGCCGAUAUAAUGCUGUUAGAGGCCAAGAAAAUGGCAUCUCAAUACCAAAAGGAGGCAGACAAGUGCAGUUCUGGGAUGGAGACCUGUGAAGAAGCAAGGGAAAGAGCUGAAGGAAUAUUAGAAGAACAGAGAAGAGUAACUGCUAUGUGGGAACUCAGGGCUCGUCAGAGAGGAUGGCAAGAAGGGUUCCAAUAGGUUUUCUUCUCAGAUCAGAUUUUUACAAAUAUAUAAGUCAAGCUAAAGAACCAUUCUGCAGAUUUGAUCCUUAAGUAUUUUCUGUUUAGGGGUUUACACGGUUAUAUUAGGAUUGCGUAUUGGAUUAAUUCAUUCAUUCGUUCAUUCCUGUACUCAUUGUUACACUUCAUAAGUUCUACGCAGAGCAGAAGUAGUUGAAAGCCCUGUUGCUUGUCCUACACUUGCUGCCACGAAUCUGUUUCCGGAACAUGUUUGCUUAAAUGUUUUGCUCAAAUUUGAUUACUCUCUAUUU